UUCCCCGGCGGAGCCACGUCUUCUGCGGUUCGGGGGCGGGGGCGGGGAACGUGCGUGGCGUGAGGGCGCCAGGUUCCCGGAUGGAGGCGAUGGUGAUCGCCAUUUGGGCAAGAGCAGCAGGCGCGGAGGGCGCUAGGUAGCUGCCACUAUGAGAUCCGCGACCCAGCUGCUGCUGCUCGUGCUGUUGGCCUUUCCCGCCGCGCUGCUGCCCGGCGGAGUUCGCGGCGGCCCGGGUUCAAGUUUACUAGUUGCAGCUCAAGAUGCUACGGAGGAUGAAGAAGCAGUGGAAGAUACGGUAGUUGAAGAUGAAGAUGAUGAAGCUGAAGUUGAAGAAGAUGAACCCACAGACUUGAUAGAAGAAAAAGACGAAGAAGACUUAUCAGGAGAACCUAAAGCCUCACCUAGCGCUGAUACAACUAUCUUGUUUGUGAAAGGUGAAGACUUUCCUGCAAACAACAUUGUAAAGUUCCUGGUAGGCUUCACCAACAAGGGUACAGAGGAUUUUAUUGUUGAGUCUCUUGAUGCCUCUUUCCGGUACCCUCAGGACUAUCAGUUUUUCAUUCAGAAUUUCACAGCUCUUCCUCUGAACACAGUGGUUCCACCACAAAAACAGGCCACAUUUGAGUACUCGUUCAUCCCUGCAGAGCCUAUGGGUGGUCGUCCCUUCGGACUGGUUAUAAAUCUGAACUACAAAGACUUAAAUGGCAACGUGUUCCAAGAUGCUGUCUUCAAUCAAACUGUUACAAUUAUUGAAAAAGAAGAUGGAUUGGAUGGAGAAACAAUCUUCAUGUACGUGUUCCUGGCAGGACUUGGCCUACUUGUCAUUGUCGGUCUACAUCAACUGCUAGAAUCUAGGAAAAGAAAGAGACCAGCACAGAAAGUAGAGAUGGGUACAUCAAAUCAAAAUGAUGUUGACAUGAGCUGGAUUCCUCAAGAAACUUUAAAUCAGAUCAAUAAAGCUUCACCAAGGCGGUUGCCGCGCAAAAGGGUACAGAAGAGAUCAGUGGGAUCUGAUGAGUAAAUGUUAAUUAAUACAACAAUUCAGCCUUUACUAAUCCUGCCCCUGCUGCCCCUUUUUUUUCCUGGAUUGCAGUAGUGCACAGAAUCCAUAUCAACAUGAGGAAAAUACUACUUACUAUUUGGACUGAUCAAUUUAUCUGACUGGUGAUAACAUUGCUGAAAACAUACUUCUCAUCCCUUUAAGAUAACAAAACUGCUUUGGGGGCAGGGGGAAUGAGAGUUAACCAUUAAGGUGUGUGUGUGUAUAAACAGUUGAUCUGAACAGAAUCAUUGUGCUACAUGAAAUGUGCCUUUAGAGUCCUAUGUACUGCUGGCUUGUCAUCUGCAAACCUUUCUGAAGUGUUUUUUUCCAAAUGUGUAGUUGCCUAAUCUCUUCAGAGUGUAUCCUGUUUAAGAGUCUUCAUGCAUUUUUAUUUUGUAGUAUCCUAAAGCUAUGAACUUCAUUCUUUGCUGCACACAUAGUUACUUUUGUUAGGAUUUUUUGUAUGUUCCUACUUCAGUGAUUAUGCACUGAUUAUCUGGACUUUUUAAAAAGUAGUUAGUGUUCUAAAGGCACAAACAGGUGUAACUGCUUUUAGCGGUUCAGAAUUUUUUUGCUGCUGUUUGAUAUAAUGCGCACAUUGUGAGGCCUAAGAAUCCAAAUGUAUUUGUAUAAAUGUUAGAGGGAUUUUUACAGCAGCAAAAUUUGUGAAGCAUGGAAUGGUAUGUAACCUCUAUAAAUGAUUCUUUUUACACCGUCGCCCUGUUAAUCUGUUUAAAUUGUUAGUUUAUUUAACUGGUGCCAACAGUUCUGGGAUAUUGGACCAUGGAAUGCUUGCUCAAGUAAUCAAUAGGCCCCAAUUAGUGUUCAGUGACUUCCCCCUCCUUACAAAAACUAGAAGAAUCACAAGUAGCAAAAUGUAUUGAGUUUCAUAGAUUAUAUUGGAUGCAAAAGAUAACUGUGUUAUGAAGUUGUAUGUUAUGCAGAGACUCUAGUUAAUGUACAGUAAAGAGACUUUUUGUAAACAAAUUUUAAUUUCAAAUAUAACCUGCAGGUGUAUAAAUCUGAGUUCUUAAAUGACAGUAAAAAAGAAAUUAACUUUGACCCUUUCUCUUGUGAAGUUUUGAACUUAGUGAAGUACUUAAAUUUUGUUGUAAAAUACUCAGUUUUUUAAAGUAGCUGAGUUGUAGUGAAAUGACAGCUAUUGGAAAUACUUAAAUUGUAUUGUACUUCAUGCAAGUUUUGUUUAACUUGCUUCUUCAGGUUGAUAAUUCCAGUAUAUUCCCAUUAUUAAAUACAUGCUAGUUCAACAUACAUUUAAAAGAUACAGUGCUAUGCACCCUCAAAUAGGAUUUGUUUUGUAGAAGACUCAAGUUUAUAGUAAUCAUCAAACUAAAGUACAGGUCUGUCACUAAAAAUGUAUAGGAGAAUAAGUUUUGGUAUAGGCAACUGGAUUUCAGUGCUGCAUUCUCUGACAGUAAAAGGAAGGAACAUAGUCAUCUUUUAUACAGAUAUUUAGGUAUCUAAAAAUAUAGAUAGAUUUCUGAAAAUCUAACCUGUCUGAAUCAUUAGGUGCUUAAAUAUCUUUUUUAAAAAUUCCCUAGUCAUCAUUUUGAACUUUGCUCAGUUUGGGAAAGGUAGUGAUUUGGGACUUGUAGUUUAGUUUUAUAGUUUUCCUGGUGCUUAUUUCUUGAUCUGCCUUUGUUCUGCAGGGACUGAGCAUCUGAGCCAAUGACAGAUGAACAAUACCUGCAAAGCACUUCAGCACACUCAGUGUGAAACAGAGUCUAAGGUCUGAAACUCCCUCUGCUGGCACUACUGUACUAUAAACUUCCCUGUAAAUGAAGUGUAAAGUAUUUUGACUCUCUUGUCUUGAUGUGGAAAGUAACUUUAGAAAACAUCUGUUUCCCGUUUUUAACAGUGCUUGACUUACAAACUUAACAUAUAACUAGCCAGUAAAGAACAUUUAAUUACCACAUUGCAGGAUCUAAAAGAUUAUUAAAAAAAUCUUGUACAGGCCGAUCAUAGUAAAUUAAGGUGAUCAGAUGUCCCGAUUUUAUAGGGACAGUCCCGAUUUUAUCUUUUGCUUAUAUCGGCUCCUAUUACCUCCCACCCUCUGUCCUGAUUUUUCAUGCUUGCUGUCUGGUCACCCUAUAGUAAAUCAAAUACACUUAAUCAGUUCAAUGCUACCUUCAAAACAACAACUUUAUACAUCAGCUAAUGCAAGCAACAAGCCACUUCAGCUAAAUGGAGGAUGGUUUAUCAUGUUAUAGUCAUACUUCUCCUGAUUCAGCAAAGCAUUUAAUUCAUCGGGGGAGAAACUGACUGAACCCUUUGGAUUUUAAUCUCAGGAUUAUGCCUGGUGCUUAAAUUUAUGGUUGCUCAUCAUCACAUACUGGAAAGAUUCUUAGUGAAUUCAACAUCUCUCCUAGAGUCAGUUUGAAGUCUGGAAAUAGUGUUAUCUCCAUCCACAUUCCUACGGACAAUUCUGGAUGCGAGUAGUUGCAUUGGAAACAGUCUUCACACAGGAGGCAAACCCUCUGCACUGUACAACAGCAAAGGAUCAGAUCACAAUUACUGUGAUGGGGGUUCCAUACGCUAGCAAUUUAGAAUAGCCAACUUCAUUCUUUCACCUUAGUGUAAAUGAGAAAGUGGCCCUCAUUCUUAAUACUUCUGAAACAGAUACAUGGUACAACUUGAGCUGUAAUUAGAUACAGCUCUUAAACUACACAGAACUCAGGUGAGUGUACUGUUUAGAAAUAACUGUCAAAUAUGAUACUUCCAUCUAAGUUGAACUGAACUCUUGAUCUUUCCCAGCAGUGGAGCAAUUUAAUGUAAAAUAGAACUAAGAAUAAUUACCACUGGAACAACUUUCAAAAAUAAGUUGUAUAAAUUGAUUUUACUAACUUAGUGAUAUAACAGGUUUUUUUAAGGAGAGCCAAUUGUUUAAAUAUCUCCAUUACAUCAGGUAAUCAAAGUCACACUUAAUGGGCACCUAGCCAGUUGGAAAGGGAGGAAGAAGGUGGCUGUAUGUGGCACAGAAGGAAAUAGAGCCAGUCUUCACAUUUCUAAGCUUGCAUGGGGUGUUGCAGUAGAGGCUGGGUAUGAUGUAAGACGAAAACUUUGUGGUGGGGGGUUACAGUAUGCUCAUUUUACUUAGUGACUUGAGCUGUAGUGAUCACGUUUGCUUAAUUUAAUUUCUUUUUAAGGCACUACUUUCACCACUGAAAUGAAAUGCUUAUAGUGCAACUCACCAUUGACUUAUAUAUCACUAAAUUGUAGUAAGCAACCCCCAACAGCUUCUUGGGGAGAAUCUUCCUACUUUUGACUCUCCAUUAAGUACUUUGCAUGUAUGAAAUAGCAUGGUUUCAAUUUCUUGUCCCCGUUUAAUAUACUAUAGUUAAAAUUUAGCAAUACUGCAGUUGUGUGUGAAAUGGCUGAGCCUGUAGCAAUAAUUGAUCCAUGUGCUGAGAGAAGAUGCUAAAAUAAUCAAUCUAGUACACUAAGGUGUCUAAGUAGCUACAUACAACUUGGUCGUAUGCCAUAAUGGGCUAUCUUACCAUCUGCAAUUGCACACUUACGAGUUAAGUAUUAAAGCUUUUUAGGAUUGCCUAUAUUACUUUAAAGGGGUGUAGGUAGCCUAUUUUGUGCACCUAUUGGGUAUUUCAUCAGGUCACUAACUUUUAGUCUAAAAAGGAAAAGCUAUUAAUUACUUUCCCAAAGGAAAGCUUGCAUUAAAAAUCAGUUUCACAUUGUUA